UCCCAGGCUGUGGCUCUUCAGGUCCGCUAUACGGGACCCACUGCAACUUCCCGGGAUCGCUCGUGGGGCCAACGGCUCCAGCUACCUGCCUUUCAUUUGGGGAGAAAGAGGAGGAGCGGCUAAAAACGGAGGUCUAAGGCUGAAGCGGCGAUUUGCGUUCUCCGGAGCGGAGCUUUUCUAGCGUUUGGGACGUACCGGUGAUGAGGCGCGCUCGGUCGGGCUUCGAGGUUUGACGGUCUCCCGGGCUCUCCGCACCCCUGACCCGCCCCCCCGCAACGCUUAAUGAGGUAUCGCAUUGGGCCUGACUUCUCAAAAGGCACUGCGCGGUGGAGGAGGCAACAGACCCAAAUACUCUGUCUUCUUAGGACUCUGUGUUUCCCCAGAAGGAAAAGGAAAAAAUGAGUGUGUACAAGGAGGCAGUGACGUUUAAGGACGUGGCUGUGGCCUUCACAGAAGAGGAACUAGGACUGCUGGACUCUGCUCAAAGGAAGCUGUACCAAGAUGUGAUGGUAGAGAACUUCAGGAACCUGGUCUCAGUGGGACAUCAACUGUUUAAACAAAAUAUGUCACAUAUAGAAAGAGAAGAGAGACUUUGGAUAAUAAAGGCAUCACCCCAUAUGGAGAGAAAUUUAGGCAAGAGCAAUCAAAGUGAGUUGAGGACUGUCCAAGACAGAGGAGCACAUGAAGAGCCUUCCUGCUGGCAAAUCUGGCAACAAAUUGUAAAAGACUUAACCAAGUGUCAAGACUUCAAGAUAAGUUCUCAGUUCCAGAAACAAGGAGAUUCCCCCUGUCGGGUUGGGACAGGACUAUCUAUCCAAAUUUCUGAAGAUGGAAACUAUAUACUAAAUCAUAAAAUGGAUGGCCCCAGUGACACUAGAAAUCAAGAGUUUCCAACUUUGAGAGCACAAGGUUCUUUAAGGAAAACUUCCCUGAAUGAGUCCCAAAAUUAUCAGAAUAGCUGUCAGGAAAUUUCUGUGAAAAAUAAACUCUGUAAGUAUAAACGGGAUGUUGACACUAUCAGUUGGGUAUCACAUCGCUUCGAUGAUUGUGGAGUACACAGAAGUGAAAAAUCUUAUAGUUACAAUGAUUGUGGAAGAGACAGCAUAAAAAUUUCAACAUUAGAUAAGAAUAGUACGAUUCAUACAGGACAAAAACCUUACCAGUGUAAUGAAUGUAAAAAAUCCUUCAGUGAUCUCUCCACCUUUGAUUUUCAUCAGCAAGUACACUCAAAAGAGAAGUUGCAUAUAUGUAGUGAGUAUGGAAAAGGCUUCUGUUAUAGAUCAGUUCUUCAUGUUCAUCAUAGAGUUCACAUGGGAGAAAAAAGCUGUAAGUGUGAUGAUUGUGGUAAGGAAUUAAGACAGAGCUCACAUCUGCAAAAUCAUGAGAAAGUCCACAUUGUAGAGAAACCAUUCAAAUGUGUGGAAUGUGGGAAAGGCUUCAGUCGUAGAUCUGCACUUACUAUUCAUUGUAAAUUACACUUGGGAGAGAAACCAUAUAAUUGUGAGGAGUGUGGGAGGGCCUUCAGUCAGGCCUCUCAUUUUCAAGACCAUCAGAGAGUCCACACUGGGGAGAAACCAUUCAAAUGUGAGGAGUGUGGGAAGAGCUUCAGUAGGAAUUCACAUCUGCAGUCCCAUCAGAGAGUCCAUACAGGAGAGAAACCUUACAAAUGUGAGGAGUGUGGAAAGGGCUUCAUUUGUAGCUCAAAUCUAUACAUUCAUCAGAGGGUCCACACAGGAGAAAAACCCUACAAGUGUGAGGAAUGUGGUAAAGGCUUUAGUCGGCCCUCAAGUCUCCAGGCCCAUCAGGGAGUCCACACUGGAGAGAAAUCAUACAUAUGUAAUGUGUGUGGUAAGGGCUUUACUCUGAGUUCAAAUCUUCAAGCACAUCAGAGAGUCCACACUGGAGAGAAACCAUACAAAUGCAAUGAGUGUGGGAAGAGCUUCAGGAGGAACUCCCAUUAUCAAGUUCAUCUGGUGGUCCACACAGGAGAGAAACCCUACAAAUGUGAGGUAUGUGGGAAGGGCUUCAGUCAGAGUUCAUAUCUUCAAAUCCAUCAGAAGGCUCACAGUGUAGAGAAACCUUACAGGUGUGAAGAGUGUGGGCAGGGCUUCAAUCAGAGUUCACGACUUCAGAUUCACCAGCUGAUCCAUACUGGGGAGAAACCAUACAAAUGUGAAGAGUGUGGGAAAGGAUUCAGUCGUAGAGCAGAUCUUAAAAUUCACUGUAGAAUCCACACAGGAGAGAAACCAUAUAAUUGUGAGGAGUGUGGGAAGGUAUUCAGGCAGGCCUCCAAUCUUCUGGCCCAUCAGAGAGUCCACAGUGGAGAAAAGCCAUUCAAAUGCGUUGAGUGUGGGAAGAGCUUUGGUCGGAGUUCACACCUUCAAGCCCAUCAAAAAGUCCACACUGGGGAAAAGCCAUACAAAUGUGAUGAGUGUGGGAAGGGCUUCAAGUGGAGUUUGAAUCUCGACAUGCAUCAGAGGGUCCACACGGGAGAGAAACCAUAUAAGUGUGGAGAGUGUGGUAAGCACUUCAGUCAGGCCUCGAGUCUUCAACUUCAUCAGAGUGUCCAUACUGGAGAGAAACCAUACAAAUGUGAUGCAUGUGGCAAAGUCUUCAGUCGGUCUUCACAGCUACAAUCUCAUCAGAGAGUUCACACAGGGGAGAAGCCUUACAAGUGUGAGAUAUGUGGUAAGAACUUCAGUUGGCGAUCAAAUCUUACAAUUCAUCACAGAAUCCAUGCUGGUGAUAAAUCUUCUAAAAGUGAUAGGGCUGGUAAGAAUAUGAGAGAAUCUACACAGGUAAAAUGUUUUAUAAAAUGAUUUUUUUUUUUAAGUGUCGUGAAUUUUUCCAGUCAUCAAGGUCAAAAGAAACUUAUUUUCAUUAAAGCAUGUUUCAACAUAU